CCCUCAUAACGUUUUGUUUUUUAAAUUUGCACCUUUCUUCAACAAAAGCAAUCAAAUACGUUGGAUAACAAAACCCUUAGCCAACAAUUUCACCAUUUUUCGUUCCUUCACUCUUGUCUCCCAUCUGGCCGGCCUUCUCUUCUACCACCACCUGCGCUGCCACUUUCGUAGUCACAACCACUCAACCACUGUCGAUUGUCGACUCUAAUUCGGUUUAAAUUCGAUCUCCAAUCCGCAUUGAUUUCACUUGAUCAGCUGGAGCAGUAAAUUAUAAGGUGCAAAAGUAAAUCAUAAAAUUUCAAGUUGUGAUUGAUUCUCCUGAGAGAAGUCGAAAUUAUUCUAAAAGGGACAUGGAGGAUGUCUUGGAUGGCAAAAGAGGGAUCACUGGUGAUGAAGAAGAAUGGGAGGGCAAUGGAAAAAGGAAGCACAGGUUGAGCAAAUCAAGAAGAUCUGCUAACGAAGAAGAUGAUGGUAGGGAUGGUAGUGGGAGGAGGAAGAGUUUGGGGGAUAGAAUGGAGAGUAGGAGAAUGUCAAGUGGAUUAGCCAGAGGAGAUACAGAUGAAGCUGACUAUGAUGCAAAGAAGGACUCAGGUUCCAAGUUGGCGCGGAAGAAGCAAGAGGUCAGUUCUUUGGAAAAGUUGAGCAACUGGUAUCAGGAUGGGGAUUCAGAGAACAGGCAUGAUGGAAAAGAUAAGUCCGGAACUAGAAGUUAUACUAGAAAUGAAGAUACUGAGAGAAAUACAUUUAGGAAAACAACUUCAAAGUUCUCUGAUUAUGAUGGAUCUCAUAGGAGCAGUAGGAGUAGGGAUGAAAGAGCUCGGGAUGGGGAGGAUGAGAGGCAAGUGGAUAGAGAUUCAUAUCAUUCGGAGAGGAGGGAAACCAGUCGAGAAAAGAGCCACAGUCUUACAGAAGAGGUAAAGAACAGGAGAAGAUGGGAUGAAACUGAUGCUUCUACAAAAGCUGAUGGUAGUUCUAUGGGGAAAUCAGAGCAAAGAGGUGGGUUGGGGUCUGAAUCAAAGCAUGAAAGCGCUCAUGAACGGAGCACCUCUAGUAGACUUGAUCCAGGUGAAACAAGAGAAAGAAUGUUAGAAUCAAGUAAUGAAAAGGGUAAAUCAUACAAGGAGGAGAAGAGAUCAGAUUCUGAUUGGUCCAAGAGCAGAAGAUCAGAUGCCUUAGAAGAAGAAAAUAAAGUUAGUUCCAUAACUCGUGAAGAUAGAAUUAGUAGGGAGAAACAUGAUAGGCAUAAGGAAUUGAAAUCUUCUGGUCGUGAAGCUGUAGAUAAUAGAGAUAGAUUGUCUAAUCUGGAUGAGGAUGUUGACUCCUGGAUAAGAGACAAAAAUGCAAGAGAUGCUGGGUAUUCACAUCAUUCAAGAAGCCCUGAGAAGAGUGGGAGACAUCGCCAAGAGUUGGAGAAUCCUUCAGGGGAAUAUGAAAGAGGCAGUAGCUUAAAGCGCAAAGAGAUGGAGAAGGAUAACUCUAGAGAUGAUAGAGCAAAAGCUAGAGAAAAUAGCUGGAGCGAUAGGAGUAGAGAUAGGGAAGGCUCUAGGGAAAGUUGGAAACGAAGGCAGCUGCCUGUUAAUGACAGAGAUUUGGAUUUAGUUCAUGAUCGUGAAUUGCCCAGACGAGUUCGUGAUAGGAUGGAUAAUGAUAGGGGUCUCGGUCGAGCUGGAAACAGAAAAGAAGGGAGGAGUGAAGCCGUCAAGGCUUCUUCCAAUUUUGGAAUUUCAACUGAGAACUACGAUGUUAUAGAGAUACAACCAAAGCCUCUUGACUAUGGAAGAGAUGACCCUGGAUCUUCCUUUGCGAGAAGAACAGAAGCUGUUCCAAUACAUGAUCCAAAAUCAAAUUUGCAUGAUGAAUGGGGACGGUCACAAGAUGACUCGCAUAGGGCUGACGGGAUUGAGGCAACUGUUGAUGACUCAAGUGUGAAGUUUGUGGAUGAAGCUUCUUCUGGACAAGAUAAACAUGCAUGGAGGGAUGAUGCUGAUGGUAGUAGGGUAGGGAGGCUGAGGGGUCAACAAAAUUCUUUAUCUGUCAGGCCUUCUAGUGGCCAAAUUUCUGCAGGAGGUCCUCAGCAUCCUAAUAGCAAUCAAGAGAACUACGGCAGGAUGAAUCAGCAGGGUCCUAAAGGCAGUAGGCCAGGUAGAGGAGGAAGAAUCAGGCCUCCUGGAAGAGACAAUCAGCAGCAUAACGUCCCAAUGCCCUUGAUGGGGUCUCCUUUUGGACAUCUUGGUAUGCCUCCACCUGGUCCAAUGCAAUCCAUGAACCAUGGCUUAGCUCCUGGUCCAGGACCUCCAGUUCCUCCUGGCGUUUUUGUUUCACCAUUUUCUCCACCAGUUUGGUCUGGAGGGCGAGGUAUGGAUGUCAGUAUGUUGCCUGUUUCUCCUGGUGUUUCAACACUUCCUCCUGGGCCACCUGGACAGCGAUUUCCACCAAACAUGGGGGCUCCCCCUAAUCCAGGUUUGUUUUUCAAUCAAUCAGGUCAAGGAAGAGGAAUGCCUUCUAAUGUUUCUGGCCCUGGAUUUAACACCAUCGUUCCUGUUGGUCGAGGAAAUUCAAAUGAGAAAAAUCCUGGUGGUUGGAUUCCUACUAAAAGUGGUGGGCCUCCAGGUAAGGCUCCUUCUAGAGGAGAGCAAAAUGAUUACUCCCAAAAUUUUGUUGACACUGGAUUGCGGCCCCAAAAUUUUAUACGAGAGCUGGAACUUACAAAUGUUGAGGAUUAUCCAAAGCUUCGGGAGCUUAUACAAAAGAAAGACGAGAUUGUUGCAAAUGCAUCUACUCCUCCGAUGUACUAUAAGUGUGACCUCCGGGAAUUUGUGCUGUCUCCUGAUUUCUUUGGGACUAAGUUUGAUGUUAUUCUUGUUGAUCCACCUUGGGAGGAAUAUGUGCAUAGAGCACCUGGUGUAACUGACCACAUGGAUUACUGGACAUUUGAAGAGAUAAUGAAUUUGAAAAUUGAGGCAAUAGCAGACACACCCUCUUUUAUUUUUCUUUGGGUCGGUGAUGGCGUGGGUCUGGAGCAAGGGCGGCAAUGUCUUAAGAAGUGGGGAUUUAGGAGGUGUGAAGACAUAUGCUGGGUAAAGACGAACAAAAACACGGCGACUCCUGCUUUACGACAUGAUUCUCAUACCUUAUUUCAGCAUUCUAAGGAACACUGUUUAAUGGGCAUAAAGGGAACUGUUCGUCGCAGUACUGAUGGACAUAUAAUUCAUGCCAAUAUAGAUACUGAUGUUAUUAUCGCGGAGGAACCACCUUAUGGAUCCACAGCUAAGCCUGAUGAAAUGUACCGCAUUAUUGAGCAUUUUGCUCUCGGUCGUAGGAGGAUUGAACUUUUUGGUGAGGAUCAUAACAUCCGAUCAGGAUGGCUGACAGUUGGAAAAGAACUAUCUUCAUCAAACUUCAAUUCUGAGGCAUAUACGAAGACCUUUUCUGACAAGGACGGUAAAGUUUGGCAGGGUGGGAGUGGACGGAAUCCACCACCAGAUGCGCCUCAUUUAGUCCAAACCACACCUGAAAUAGAGGCUCUUCGGCCCAAGUCCCCAAUGAAGAAUCAGCAACAACUGCAGCAACAGCAGUCAAACUCUAUUUCUCUUACGGCCGCAAAUUCCAGCAGAAGACCUGCUGGAAAUUCUCCACAAAAUUCAGCAGCUUUUGGCCUAAAUCAAGAAGCCUCUAGUUCGAACUAUCCUGGUUCGUGGGCUUUGCCAAUGGAUGGCUUCAAAGGUCCAAACGAUACUGGUUAUGAGAUGUAUGGUUUUAACAUGCACCACCCAAUGCCACCAAAUGGGGAGUUUCUUGAUUUUGAAGCUCAGAGAAUGAUGAAUAUGAUGUAACGAGUUAAUUUGUGAAUUUUUUUUUAGUAAAUUUAUUUAGUAGAUGAGCAAAUGUAAGAAAAUAAAAUUUUGGCUAGGUGUUCUUAUUAAACUUUUUUUGUAUUAUUCUUGCAAUUUUUUGCCUUUUAAAA